CGCGUGUCACGGGUGGUCUCUUGCCCAGUCGAAUGGGCGUGUGUGUACGUGCGUGGGCGUCCGUCCGUCCGUCUGUCCGUGCGUCCUAAAGCGCUUGCGGCCACCGCCCGUACUUCUCGUCUCAGGUUUGAAAGCCGGUUCAGCGAGCGGUUCUCUGGCAGCCCGGGGUGCCAUGUUGUUUGACAAGGUGAAAGCGUUCUCCGUGCUGCUGGACGGGGCGAACGCUGGUGCCGAGCCCGUGUUCCGCGGCGGCCAGGCCGUGGCGGGCCGGGUGCUGCUGGAGCUGGCGGGCGCGGCGCGCGUGGGCGUCCUGCGGCUGCGCGCCCGGGGUCGUGCGCGCGCGCACUGGACGGAGUCUCGCAGCGCGGGCUCGAGCACCGCGUACACGCAGAGCUACAGCGAGCGCGUGGACGUCGUGAGUCACCACGCCACGCUGCUGGGCGCAGACGCCGGCGACCCCGCGACGCUGCCGGCCGGGCGCCACGAGUUCCCGUUCAGCUUCCAGCUGCCGCACACCCUGGUGACCUCUUUCGAGGGCAAGCAUGGCAGCGUCCGCUAUAGCAUUAAGGCCACCCUGCACCGGCCCUGGGCCCCGGCUCGGCGCGCGCGCAAGCUGUUCACCGUCAUUGAGCCCUUGGACAUCAACACUCCCGCCCUGCUGGCGCCUCAGGCAGGAGCUCGAGAGAAGGUGGCACGAUCCUGGUACUGUACCCGUGGCCUUGUGUCCCUGUCAGCCAAGAUCGACCGCAAGGGCUACACACCAGGUGAGGUCAUCCCCAUCUUUGCGGAGAUUGACAAUGGCUCCACACGUGCCGUACUGCCCCGCGUGGCCCUGGUUCAGACACAGACGUUCAUGGCACGUGGUGCACACAAGCAGAAGCAGGCAGUGGUGGCCAGCAUGGCUGGGGAGCCGGUGGGCCCCGGGCGGCGUGGGCUGUGGCAGGGCCGGGUGCUGCACAUCCCACCCGUGGGCCCAUCAAUCUUGCACUGCCGCGUGCUGCAUGUGGACUACUCGCUGAAGGUCUGCGUGGACAUCCCAGGUUCAUCCAAGCUGCUCCUGGAGCUGCCACUUGUCAUCGGCACCAUCCCCCUGCACCCCUUUGGUGGCCGAUCCUCCAGCGUGGGCAGCCAUACCAGCCUCCUGCUGGGCUGGGGCCUGCCUGAGUUGCCUGAGGCCCCUCCUGAGUACUCAGAGGUGAUGACUGAGGAAGAGGUGACAGCUGUCGGGCGGGGACCCUUUUCCCUUCCACCCUUGCCAGACCUGGGCAUGAGCCUUGAAGGUCCCUACCUUGCCUGUAUCCAGGAAUUCCGCUUCCGUCCACCACCCCUGUACUCCGAGGAGGAUCCAAACCCGCCUUCAUCUUCAGAGGACAUGAGACCACGCUGCAUGACUUGCUGAGGGGUGACUGGAUAGGACCAGGUUGUACACUGACAGCCAGCCACCACGCUCAAGCGCUUGGGAAAUGAGUCUUGGAGGACGUGGAGGCUGUUCCCUCAUCACACAGGACAGAGGAGCCAGGCUGGAAUCUGAGCAUCCUGAGGCCUCCAGUCUCCAGUGCCUGAUGUAAAAUUCCAAGACCACUAAACCUACUGUGUCUGACCCAUGGACAGUUGAAGCUCUCCCCAGCUUCUAGAUUAGCAUGUCCAGUCUUGUAGGGCUGGAAGGGACCAAGUCUUCAAGAGUCCAAAGGGGGUGCAGAAAAGGCUUCUGGAAGGAAAGGGCUUUUAGCUGAGGCUUUGAUGUCUGAAUAGGAGGUCAGCAAGCAAACAGGCACAGAGGAGGAGAAGUUUGGAGAAGAUGAGAGCUCAGUGAGGUUUGGUGCCCAGAUGAACAGAUGCCUAAGUUCAAACCACACGUGAGGUUGUGGAGUAGGCAUGGCCUGCAGGAAACAGUGCUAGGGCUCUGCGGGAUAUGUGAGUGGCAAAGACAACCAUCCCAAGCCCCCAUAGCUGCCAGGGUGCUUACCUUGCAGAAGGACGAGACAGCCUUGCCUGACAGGACAAGGCCAGUGUGGACCUGAAGCCCACAGCUGGGCAAGCCCCUGCUGCAGAGCCUUGCCCUGGAUGCACCAUUUCAGAUGGGCUUCAAGAAACCAUUGUUUGGUUUUAUUUUUUUUUUCUUUUACAUUUUUUUAAAGCAUAAAAGUGGGAAGGAGGGCUUGGAGAGAUGGCUUAGCAGUUAAGUCAUUGGCCUGCAAAACCAA